AGACAGUCAGUUUUUGUAAAGAAUUCCGAGCCAAUCAAGUGUUUCGAAAUGAAGCUCCUCGCAAUUUGCUCAAUUUUGUUUUGUUUGUUGUUUUGCAAAACUAAACCAACAGCAAAUGGAAACCAUCAACGGAUUCGCCAAAGAUUGCUUCAAAGAGCUGAACAUUCCAAGCGAUUCGAAUUUACUCGCGAGAGCUUUGAAAACUAAAUUAACGACUUUCAGCGAUCAGGACAUCGACUUUCUCGCCUGCAUGGGAAAAAAGGUUGGAGCGCUGGACGCGGAGGGAGUCUAUCAUUCGCAGCCGAUCGAGGGCUUCUUUCUGCAGAGCGGAAACACCUUCAACAAGCAGGAAAUGGUCGACGUGGUCGAGAUUUGCAUCGGCCAGCAGGUUAGGGGAACGCCUUACAAGGAUAACGUGGCAAAGUUUAACAAGUGUUUCUAUGAGAACAAGAAAUUUGAUUUGAUGUAGAUUAGGUGAGAACAAUGAAUAAAAACAGUG